AUGUCCGUUGCUGCUGCUGCCCCUCCUGCCAAUGCUGCUGCCCCUCCCCAAAUUCAAUACCGUGACAUCAUGGCAGAAUGCCAACGCCUCAUGCAAAAGAUUGCUGAAUUGGAAGUCGAUCGAAACGAGCAUUUGUUGGUCGAAGAAACUUUGAAGCCAUUGGAUCCCAGCCGAAGAGCCUACCGAUUGGUGGGAGAGGUUUUGGUGGAACGAAGCGUUGCGGAAGUUUUGCCCAGCGUGACUGCCAAUAAGGACAAUCUCAACACAACCAUUGCUGCAUUGCGACAACGCCUGACGAUAAGACAAAAAGAGGGAGCAGACUUGAAGGCAAAAUACAACUUAGGAUAG